GGGAGCAUGCGCAGUUGCCUUGCCGGCCAUUCCUGCUUUGGGCGUGCGUCAAGAUGGCGGCCCCCGUGGUGAAUAAACUGCUGAGGCGCCUUCCUAAUCUUUCGUCCUUCAGGAGUGCCUACGGAGUUCAGGUUCCCUUCCAAACUCUUAGCACUGAAGCCCCCCUUGAGGAAGAUUCUUUGCCCAUUUCCCCUUAUGAGAAUGAACCCUGGAAAUACCUGGACUCAGAAGAAUACCAGACCCGCUAUGGUUCUCGCCCUGUCUGGGCUGACUACCGCCGCAACCACAAAGGCGGAGUGCCCCCACAGAAGACUCGGAAGACCUGCAUUCGCAAAGAUAAAGUCGCUGGGAAUCCCUGCCCCAUCUGCCGGGAUCACAAGUUGCACGUCGACUUUAGGAACGUGAAGCUCUUGCAGCAGUUUGUCUGUGCUCACACGGGCAUCAUCUUCCAUGCGCCAUACACAGGAGUCUGCAUGAAGCAGCACAAGAAGCUGACUCAGGCCAUCCAGAAAGCCAGGGACCAUGGUCUCCUUAGUUACCACAUCCCCCAGGUUGAACCUCGGGACCUUGACUUCAGUAACUCACACGGAGCUGUGAAUGCGACUCCCCCGGCUCCCACUCUGGUUUCAGGGGACCCCUGGUACCCCUGGUACAGCUGGAAGCAGCCGCCGGAGAGAGAGCUGUCCCGCCUUCGUCGACUGUACCACGGCCAUCUCCUAGAAGAGAGUGGCCCCCCACCGGAGUCCAUGCCGGAGGCGGCGCUCGCCGCAGGAGCCGACACCUCCUCUGAGCCGCUGUAGCGCUGUGGACUGGAGGGGCGCAGGGCUCGGGGGAUGAUGCCUGGGAGUUAGGUGACGGUGCACCUUGAAGCACCGGGUCGGUUGUGUGGCCACGGCCGGCCCAGCCUCAGUGAGAGGAAGUGAUUGAGGCUGGGGGAGCGGCAGGAUGCCCGCGGGAAACCCUGCUCCCCACGCCUGCAGCCGGCCGGCUCAGCCUGUGCGCCGCCGGCGUGGCUUUCCACAAUAAAGCGCUGUGUGCGGA